AUGGGGAAUACUCCUUUUGCAAAGAUUAUCUUGAGUGAGGCACGCUUCCUUCAAUGUAGUCCAGCUAUGACAUAUAACUUUGGGGGGUAUCCUGCUUUCACUGUGUAUAUUCCUUUAGUACUUGCUCCCCAUGUGAGUAUAUUUGGACAUGUGAGAGGAGUCGGUGAAGAAAACGAUCCUUUUAAUGAUCUCUGCUUCUUUAACAGAUUCUGCAAUGUGAAGACAUCACGCACUCCACCCCCUCCGGACCCAAAUGAACCUUCUAAUGUAGCCGAGGCCAUUGCUUCGUGGGGUCUGGAUUAUGUUGUUAUUACUAGUGUUGACCGUGAUGAUCUACCUGAUCAAGGAAGCGGUCAUUUUGCUGAGACAGUGCAGAAGUUGAAAACCCUGAAGCCAAAUAUGCUCAUAGAAGCACUUGUUCCAGACUUUCGAGGAGACCCUAGCUGUGUUGAGAAAGUUGCAAAAUCUGGAUUAGAUGUUUUUGCUCACAACAUUGAAACAGUUGAAGAGCUUCAGCGUGUAGUACGAGAUCAUCGUGCUAACUUCAAGCAAUCUAUGGAUGUUCUGAUGAUGGCAAAGGACUGUGCCCCUGCUGGUACAUUGACGAAGACGUCCGUAAUGUUGGGUUGUGGGGAAACACCUGACCAAGUUGUUAAAACAAUGGAGAAGGUGCGAGCAGCAGGGGUUGAUGUAAUGACAUUUGGUCAGUACAUGAGACCAACAAAGCGUCACAUGCCUGUAUCAGAAUACAUAACUCCUGAGGCCUUUGAGAACUAUCGUGUACUCGGCAUGGAAAUGGGAUUUCGAUAUGUGGCGUCUGGCCCCAUGGUUAGGUCCUCAUACAAGGCAGGUGAAUUCUAUAUUAAAUCCAUGAUAGAAUCAGAUCGUGCAGCAUCUUCGGUGUAAGCUUCUGGUCUUCAAAUCGUGUCUUUUCAUACCACAGGGUUGAAUGUCCACACAAGUUUUUUUGCGAAUAAAAAGAAGGUUUGUCAUUUAACUCUUAUUCCUCUAUGGCAUCUUUCCAUAAGAGAGUGGAGAGCAAGAGAAAGAUAUAGGUUUUGCAAGUCUGGUUAGCUUUAGCUUUUGCCCCAUAUAUACCCUCAUUUAUGAAGUAAGUAUAAGUUGUAGUUGUAUAUCUACCUUACUGUAAAUCUGUUCCAUCUGUCACUAUUCUCAAGUUCUUUGUUGAAAUCAAUAGGGAAAAGAAAAUCUAUACAACGGCUGUCCUGUGGGCAUU